CACUUCAUCAAUCAUCAAAUUUCAUAACCCUAGACUAGAAAUAUCACCUUCUUCAAGUUUCUCUGUGAAAAAUGUCUGGUCGUGGAAAGGGAGGCAAGGGAUUGGGAAAGGGAGGAGCCAAGAGGCACAGGAAGGUUCUAAGAGACAACAUCCAGGGUAUCACUAAGCCAGCUAUUCGCAGGCUUGCUCGUAGGGGUGGUGUGAAGCGUAUCUCUGGUCUAAUCUAUGAGGAGACCCGUGGAGUGUUGAAGAUCUUUUUGGAGAAUGUGAUUCGUGACUCUGUCACCUACACUGAGCACGCCAGGAGGAAGACUGUCACUGCUAUGGAUGUCGUCUAUGCUCUUAAGAGACAGGGAAGGACUCUCUAUGGUUUUGGCGGUAUAGCCACCACCAUCAAUCCCAUAGCAUCAUCAGCAAUUACAUCCACAUUCAAAACCCUAGAAACUUCAUCUUCUUCAAAUUUCUCUGUGAAAAUGUCUGGUCGUGGAAAGGGAGGCAAGGGAUUGGGAAAGGGAGGAGCCAAGAGGCACAGGAAGGUUCUAAGAGACAACAUCCAAGGUAUCACUAAGCCAGCGAUUCGCAGGCUUGCUCGGAGGGGUGGUGUGAAGCGUAUCUCCGGUCUGAUCUAUGAGGAGACCCGUGGAGUAUUGAAGAUCUUUUUGGAGAAUGUGAUUCGUGACUCUGUCACCUACACUGAGCACGCCAGGAGGAAGACUGUCACUGCGAUGGAUGUUGUCUAUGCCCUCAAGAGACAGGGAAGGACUCUCUAUGGAUUUGGUGGCUAGAUUGUGGAGUUUGGUGGUUGUAAUGGUAGUAACUCUAGGUUUUAAUUUACAUAGAUUUUGUGACUGCUGUGAAUUUUAAUUCUCUGUAGCCUUGUUUUGGAUCUUGUUCGUAAGCUCUAUAUUUUGUUAAUAUUCAAGGAAUCAAGUUCACCUUUCCAGAAAUUACAUUGUGUAUUUGCAGCUAAUACGUCUUUUCUUGACGGUGGAUGUUGAAUUGCAUAUGUUGUGUAAUGAAGUUAAAUUGCUGA